AUAAUAUAUUUUAUUAAAAUAUAUUGAAGAAUAAACAAAUGGAAAGAUAGGUUAUGUUCAUGGAUUGAAACAUUUAAUAUUUUUAAAAUGUCCAUACAACCUGAAGCAAUUUGUAGAUUCAAUGCAAUUCUUACCAAAAUUCCAAUGUCACUUUUUACAGGAAUAGAAAACAAAUUAUUAAAUUUAUAUGGAGCCAUAAAAUACCUCAAAUAACUGAAACAAUCUUGAGCAAAAAGAACAAAGCCAGAGGCAUCACACUUACUGAUUUCAAAAUAUAUUAAAAAGCUAUUGUAAUAAAAAAUCAUGGUCCUGGCAUAAAAACAAACACGUUGACCAAGGGAAUAGCAUUAGAAAUCCAGAAAUAAACCCACACAUUUAUAUUACAGUCAAAUAAUAUUUGAUAAAGGCGCCAAGAACACACAAUGGGGAAAGGACAGCUUCUUCAAUAAGCAGUGUUGAGAAAAUGAUAUCUAUACGCAGCAGAAUGAAAUUGGAUCCUUUCUCAUACCAUACAUAAAAAUCAAUUCAAGAUGCAUCAAAGAUUUAAAUAUAAGACCUGAAGCUGCAAAACUACUAGUAGAAAACACAGGAGAAAAGCUAUACAAUAUUGGUAUAGGUAAUGAUUUUUCAGCUAUGACUCCAAAAGUACAGGCAACAAAAGCAAAAACAAAUGGGAUUGCAUCGAAUUAAAACAUUUCUGCACAGCAAAUAAAAUAGUUAACAAAGUGAAGACACAACUCAUAGAAAUAAAAAAAAACUUUUGCAAAUCAUACGUCUGAAUUUGCCUUCUUUUAUGUGGUCAGGAAUACACUUAACCUCUCUGAAGCUUUGUUUCCUUAUCUGUAAAAUCAGAGAACUUGGUUACUGGAGUUCUAAUGCUCUGUCAAAUAGUAACUUGUUAUAAUCUAUGAAAGUUAAAUUGGUCAAAAAUCAAAUGAAUUUUGUUAGGUAAAAUAAUAACUUUCUGACAUUAAGGAUUAAAGGCUAGAAUAGGUUACUUGAGGAAGCUAAAAUGACCCAUAUUCAAAGUCCAUGAAAAGCCUAUCAUUUCAUGUACUAGUAUUGUGUCCGGAAUUGGUGGGUUCUUGGUCUCACUGACUUCAAGAAUGAAGCCACGGACCCUCGCGGUGAGUGUUACAGUUCUUAAAGGCAGCGUGUCCGGAGUUUUUUCCUUCUGAUGUUCAGAUGUGUUCGGAGUUUCUUCCUUCUGGUGGGUUCGUGGUCUCGCUGGCUCAGGAGUGAAGCUGCAGACCUUCCCGGCGAGUGUUACAGCUCUUAAAGCGGCGUGUCUGGAGUUGUUCGUUCUUCUGGGGCUCGUGGUCUCACUGGCUUCCGGAGUGAAGCUGCAGACCUUCGCGGUGAGUGUUACAGCUCAUAAAGACAGUGUGGACCCAAAGAGUGAACAUUAGCAAGAUUUUUUGCAAAGAGCGAAAGAACAAAGCUUCCACGGUGUGGAAGGGGACCCGAGCCGGCUGCCACUGCUGGCUCCAGCAGCCUGCUUUUAUUCUCUUAUCUGGCCCCAUCCACAACCUGCUGAUUGGUAGAGCCGAGUGGUGUGUUUUGACAGGGCGCUGAUCGGUGCCUUUACAACCCCCGAGCUAGACACAAAGAUUCUCCACGUCCCCACCGGAUACAGAGUGUGGACACAAAGGCUUUCCACGUCCCCACUAGAGUAGCUAGAUACAGACUGUCAACUGGUGCAUUCACAAACCCUGAGCUAGACACAGGGUGCUGAUUGGUGUGUUUACAAACCUUGAGCUAGAUACAGAGUGCCGAUUGGUGUAUUUACAAUCCCUGAGUUAGACAUAAAGGUUCUCCACGUCCCCACCAGACUCAGGAGCCCAGCUGGCUUCACCCAGUGGAUCCCGCACGGGGGCUGCAAGUGGAGCUGCCUGCCAGUCCCGCGCCAUGCGCCUGCACUCCUCAGCCCUUGGGUGGUCCAUGGGACUGGGCGCCAUGGAGAAGGGGGCAGCGCUCGUCGGGGAGGCUCGGGCCGCACAGGAGCCCACGGAGCGGGAGGAGGCUCAGGCAUGGCGGGCUGCAGGUCCCGAGCCCUGCCCCGCGGGAAGGCAGCUAAGGCCCCGCGAGAAAUUGAGCACAGCAGCUGCUGGCCCAGGUGCUACGCCCCUCACUGCCCAGGGCGGUGGGGCCCCGCCGGCCGCUCCGAGUGCGGGGUCCGCCCAGCCCACGCGCACCCGGAACUCGCGCUGGCCCGGAACUCGCGCUGGCCCGGAACUCGCGCUGGCCCGGAACUCGCGCUGGCCCGGAACUCGCGCUGGCCCGGAACUCGCGCUGGCCAGGAACUCGCGCUGGCCCGGAACUCGCGCUGGCCCGGAACUCGCGCUGGCCCGGAACUCGCGCUGGCGGGCAAGCACCGCCCGCGCCUCUCCCUCCACACCUCCUCACAAGCUGAGGGAGCCGACUCCGGCCUUGGCCAGCCCAGAAAGGGGCUCCCACAGUGCAGCGGCGGGCUGAAGGGCUCUUCAAGUGCCGCCAAAGUGGGAGCCCAGGCAGAGGAGGCGCCGAGAGCGAGCGAGGGCUGUGAGGACUGCCGGCACACUGUCACCUCUCAGUCUAAGAUCAACCCUAAUUGAAAAUACUAUAUUUUGAAGGGUCACGUUUCUCUUUAGAUUACACACAGCGUCUUGUGAUACUGCCUCUGGUCAGCUGAUUUCUCCUUGCCUCAUUCCAACUUCUUUUGUCAGAAAAUUCUUCAAUAUUGCCACAUUCUUUCACAAUAAUAUGGAAUAUUUGUGAAUUGUGCAAGAAGAAUACACUAUGUGGAUUAUUUCUAAAAUCAAAUGUUUGAAAUUAAGGAUGAGUUCUGAGCAUAGAAAGCAGCCUGAAGCCCCAGGAUUCAGGUCCCCAGAUUACGAAGGACUGGACAGGAUUCACCCCUGUUCACAAGAAAAGCAGAACCAAGAAGAGAGAGAGUUAGUAAAAGGAAUGGUUCACACGAUUAUGAUGGAUUAAAAAGUCCCCAAAUCUGUAGUCUGCAAGCUAGAGACCCAGGAGAGGUGAUGAUGUAGUUCCAGUCUAAAAGAUAGCAGGCUCAAGACUCAAAAAGAGAUACAGAGAAAGAAAAGACUUCUUUGAACUCUUUGAAUAAGAACAGAAUUCCCUUCUACCCUGUUUCUGACUUAAUACUCCAAUAAAAGCUAACCUUUUAACAACAGCAGCUGAUAUUUACAUAAGAUUCACCAUGUAAACGGACUUAAAGAAGGCGACUGCCUGAGACCCCAUUUCAAUGAAGGAAGAAAAUAAGGAAGUCAUGUUUUGAUAAAGCUAUCAGAAUUAAAAUAUAUGUACUAGGAUUCCAUAUCUGUUUUGGUUUAAAGAAAGAAUUUUUAGUUGGAUAAAUCUGACAAGAUUUGAAGAUAAAAACAAAAAAAAAAUCUGGAUCUCGUCUUUCUCUUAUAAAGUGUGGUUUCUUCACAUCACUCAGGAAUGUUUAUUCCAACUUAAGGCAGAACAGAAAAUUGAUUAAUGCUGACUGCUUUCCUAUGUCUCUGUACUGUAUUUACCUGAAAUAUAAACCACAAUUUCAAUAAAUGGGUUUGUCUGAUAAUAGCAAAAAAUUGAAUCUCUCUGAAAAUUCUGAAUAAAAUGUAUGUAGUUU